UAUUUACAUACAAUACAAUACAUCUAGACAUUUUUACAUUUAAAUAAAGUGCAACCAUUGCAGUGUCUUCUAGCUGUAGCUAAUUUGCAGACCUUGUCCCUGAAGACCAAACUAUCGCCACAAACUGCUCCCUCAAGGCCAUUCACACACUUUGAAAACGAUCUUUAUAAAUGAGAGACUUUAUUCUGCGUAAUAAAAGAAAAUUCUGAAUUCUACAAUAGUCUUCUUCUUGAUUUAUGUUUUCAGGGCUUCCUCGGAUUGUCCUCACGUUGACUGCACUGAUCUGUCAUUCAUUAAUAAACGUCAUCAGGUAUUUAGGUGGUCAGUGGAGUAAAGAUAACAAGAGGAAGCACUCAGAUCAUGUAAAGUCCCUUUAAAAAGAACCUGGAGCGCUGCAGGGAGAUGCGGCUGUAAACCAGGAGACUUUCACUUUCACAAAGUGGAGAUGUGAUGUGAAAACAGUCUGCGCUGCCAGCAUUGUUCCACUGACUACAGUAGAAAACCAAAAGACUGAGUGCGCUCAUAAUCUUUCUGAGCUCCUUUGGGUUUUAUGUUCGACAGUUUAUAUUAUUUGUCUUACAGGUAAAUAACUGGAAAUCAUGUUUUUCCACUUUGUUCUUUUGGUUGUUUCUUUGGUGAGUUUCUUGCGCAACUUCCAUGCGUCCGGUUGUGAUCUAAACUGUACAGAUAAACCUGAGUUCACUCCAUCCAGACUGGUAGUGAAGCACGGUGACCCGACCUCUGCCAGCUGCUCCGUGUGUCAGAAAGCUUGCAUAGGACACAUAUUUAAUGUGGAAGCCUCUAUUGGAGACCGUACAAAAAACGGUCCGACAGUUUCAUGGACGGUUGCACAAAUUGACUGAAUGGAGCAUCUCUCCCUUGUGCUAUUACACUGAGCAAGAUGGGAAGCAGUGUUGUGUCAGACUGUCUGUAACUGUCUACAAGCCUCCAGAUAAUGUGUUCUUCAGCGUUGUUAAUCACACUGGUCCGAUGAUUGAGGGUCGUCAGUACACUCUGCAGUGUGCAGUACAGGAUGUUGCUCCUGUGGAGAACCUCAAUGUGACUUUCUACAGAGGACCGACAGCACUGGGUCGACUGCAGCCGAACAACAACGCAGAGAAGACACCAGUGACUGAGAACUUCACUUUAAACAUCACCUCCAGUAAAGAAGACGAUGGAGUCCAGUACUGGUGUGAAGCAAAACUAGAACUGGGACCUGAAGGACCACAGCAGCCUCCAGUGGUGACGUCACACAAACUCACUGCUACUGUGUACUAUCAGCCUCAUCUCCACGGGUCAUCACAUCCUGAUCCGAUCAUCAUCCCUGAAGGAAACCCUCUGCAGCUGAACUGCUCGGCUGUGGGAAACCCCAGACCCUCGUUCAACUGGACGGUCCCGUCAGAUAACCCUUCCCCGUCCAAUCUCAGCGUUCUCACCAUCAACUCUGUCACUUCUGCAGAUAACGGGCUGUACACCUGUUGUGUCAGCAACAACAUGGGGACACUCGCUGUGACGUUUAACGUGGAGGUCCAAGAUCUAAACUGUACAGAUAAACCUGAGUUCACUCCAUCCAGACUGGUAGUGAAGCACGGUGACCCGACCUCUGCCAGCUGCUCCGUGUGUCAGAAAGCUUGCAUAGGACACAUAUUUAAUGUGGAAGCCUCUAUUGGAGACAGUACUAAAAACGGUCCGACAGUUUCAUGGACGGUUGACAAAUUGACUGAAUGGAGCAUCUCUCCCUUGUGCUAUUACACUGAUAAAGAUGGGAAGCAGUGUUGUGUCAGACUGCCUAUAACUGUCUACAAGCCUCCAGAUAAUGUGUUCUUCAGCGUUGUUAAUCACACUGGUCCGAUGAUUGAGGGUCAUCAGUACACUCUGCAGUGUGCAGUACAGGAUGUUGCUCCUGUGGAGAACCUCAAUGUGACUUUCUACAGAGGACCGACAGUACUGGGUCGACUGCAGCCGAACAACAACGCAGAGAAGACACCAGUGACUGAGAACUUCACUUUAAACAUCACCUCCAGUAAAGAAGACGAUGGAGUCCUGUACUGGUGUGAAGCAGAACUAGAACUGGGACCUGAAGGACCACAGCAGCCUCCAGUGGUGACGUCACACAAACUCACUGCUACUGUGUACUAUCAGCCUCAUCUCCACGGGUCACCACAUCCUGAUCCGAUCAUCAUCCCUGAAGGAAACCCUCUGCAGCUGAACUGCUCGGCUGUGGGAAACCCCAGACCCUCAUUCAACUGGACGCUCCCGUCAGAUAACCCUUCCCCGUCCAAUCUCAGCGUUCUCACCAUCAACUCUGUCACUUCUGCAGAUAACGGGCUGUACACCUGUUGUGUCAGCAACAACAUGGGGACACACGCUGUGAGGUUUAACGUGGAGGUCCAAGCCAACCACAUACCAAUCAUUCUAGGCGCGAUAGCGGUGGCAGUAGCAGUUAUUUUAAUCUUGGCAGGAGUUGGAUACCACCGCUUCCACAGACACAAUCGGACGGACAGUACAACUUAGGUUUUCUAUUUUCAAAAUCAACACUCUGCUGUGCCCACUGUAGAGUAAGUCUGCCGGAGGACAUGACAUGUGUCUGGACAUUUGCAUCUCUCUCUCCCUAAUUUCCUGUCAUCUCUCUACUCUAUCUCUCUAAAUGUCCCAAAUGAUAAAAGACAAGGAGUUUAAAUCAA